UUGCACACUGAAGCAAGAUGGACAGUUCUUGCAAAGUGGAGGAGGACAGCACUUUCACCAACAUCUCCCUGACAGAUGAUACAGAAUAUUCAUCAAGGAUACUAUAUUCAAGAGAAAGUUUACAUUCUAGGAUGAUGAAUGCUGACAUGGAUGCUGUUGAGGCUGAGAAUCAGGUGGAAUUGGAAGAGAAAACACGACUUAUUAAUCAAGUGUUGGAACUACAACACACACUUGAAGAUCUUUCUGCACGAGUAGAUGCAGUCAAGGAAGAGAAUCUGAAACUGAAAUCGGAAAACCAAGUUCUUGGACAGUAUAUAGAAAACCUUAUGUCUGCAUCUAGUGUUUUCCAAACAACUGACACAAAAAGCAAAAGGAAGUAACAAGUUGGUUUACUUCUUGGUAUUGCUGCUGGGCUUGCUCGUUUUUCUUCUCAAUCUGCACAGGCUCUCUACAAAUUAAAAAAUCAUAAGUUUGUGACAUAGUGAGUGGAGAGCACUAACCUAAUUGGAGGUUAUCAGUAAGUUAUGUAUCUGUUAAGACUUUGAAAAUGUGCAAAUGUAUUGUAGACACUUUAUAAUUAGAAUUGCAUAUAUUUGUUAAAAAAAAAAAUAAAAACAAAAACUUAUCCAUCUUUUAAUUUGUAGGGUUAAGCAAAUGGCUAACAUUACAAUAGAAUCACUUAAAGCUGAGAAUUAACAAGCUUUCAUUUUGUGAAAAAAGUGACCAAAAUCAUAUUCUAAAACAUAUAGCUUUAUCUAACUUGCCAACCAUCUUGUGCCUCUUUCCAUUGUUAUCUUUGUUCCCAUCACUAAUUAACUUAAAAUUUGGUCACUUAACCUAUAAACCUAUUUAAAUAGACGAACCCAAACCCUACCAGUUUAAGAUGAACCAAAUAAAAGCUCUUCUCAACUGGGACAUAUAUCAUAAUGGGAUGGAGUUAAGCCUGUUGGUUUGCCCCUAACAAAAUAAGAUUAAAAAAAAAAAUGGUAUUUUUAAAAAUUAAGAUUAAAAAUUAAGAUAAUUUAAAAAUUAAGAUGGAACCUUCAUUUGCUAUGAGAAAUUAAUGCAUAUUCAUACUAGGGACACAGUUCACAAAAACAAUUCCAGAUUCCACCUCAAAAAUAAAGCAAAUUGUAAGCCCAUUAAUCCAAAUCCAUCCCAAUCCUUGCCUAGCAUGGUCUCACUUUUGAUCCAGCCUGGGGCUAUCAUUUGGAAGAAAAUGUAACAAUAGGAGUAAGUAAGUAGUAAGUAGUUCAAGCCUGACAUCUCUAUUAGCUAAAUGUCAAUCUUCAAAGUUUCCAAUGUCCAGAAAGAGUACACAUAUGCGAAAAAAUAUUCUAGAGUUUAUCAGUAUUACAUGUUUAAAAUGGCAGAGUUUUUGUUUAGAGUACAAAUUAUCAAUUCUUGAACUUUCUCCCUAAUUAUCUCAACUCCACUAUUUGUGUUUCAGGCAUGUUUUGCUAAUUUUUUUUUUUCCCUUAAAUUCCUGUACAGAUUCCACUUAGCAUGGGAAUCUUAUUUAUUUGUUGAGAAUUAAAUGUAAAAAUGCUUUAGUUAUGACAAAAGAAAAGAGACCUACAAUUGUCAGUUACAAUGUUGACUUUAACUAAAGCCACUUUGAAUCAAGGGGUGAUCUUUUUUUGUAUGGAUAUGAAAUUAGACAGUGAUUUUAGCUGUGUGUGUCAUGUGUGCGUGUGUAUAUACAAAGAUAUUAUAUACAAUAGUCAAAGUAAACAUUUUGCAUCCUAUUUGUGAACUUUUACCUCAUUUAUGAACACUUAAAAUUGUAUUGCAAUUCUGAAUUUCUGUUAAAUAAAAGCAUUUUUUUUGAUUUUGUGUGACUUAA